AUCAGGAUAUGCUUGACUUACAUCUCAUCCAGUCCCAAAACCUUGGUGGAUGCACCCGCAGCGGCGGGCAUCUUUGAACAUGUCCCAGUCCGCAUCAGCCGGGAAGCACACUUCUGUCUUGUGGGGCCCCAAGGGCGGGCUCUGAGCUUGACAGCCAAGUGCCUGCUCAGCAGGGCAGCAGUCACCAGGCAGAACUCAUAGUCCCCAAAAAAGUAUAGCUCCUUUAUGCUGGCUGCAAACAUUGACAGAUCAUAUACACUCAAUCGCAGCGACUCUGCCCUGACAACAAACCUCUCUAACCGCACAGCAGCAAUGAAGAUGAUCUGCACACCCCUCUUGCUGCGAAUGUCUAGAAAGUUCAAAGUCUGCAGGCACUCACCGACCAUGAAGGGAUCCUCAACAGAGCCAAACUCAGAGCAAUCCAGCCUCCGAAAAGAAAUGGUUGCAACUGGUGCUCGUGCUGACAAAGUAAUGGACAAAUCUCUUGGGGGCAAGAAGUCUGCGUGGUCACGCAAAUGCCAGGUGGCAACCUCAUCAGGAAGCUCUCAAUAGCAAUGUAUUAACGCAUGUCUUGCUGUACAAAACGGUAGAGUCAUACUCGAUGCUGGCAUGGCAGCCCUUUGAGACCUUGAUAGAUGCUGGAUUGACAUUCACAAAACGCACAGCAGAAAGCUUGUUGGAAACCCUGCAGGUUUAGAGACUUGAUGCGCGGACAACGGGACUCCUGAUCAUCAAAGAAAUCUUCAACAACGCCGUAUGGAUUGUUCCAAUUCUGGCGCGAAACAUGCAGUGUUUCUAGGAGCUCCAGCUGCUGCAGAGCCCGGCACCCCUCUCUCUGAUUUCAUCCUUGAUAUCCAGCAGCAGGUGCUUGAGUAUCUUCAGCAAUGGCACAUCCAGAGUUGUUGUCCUGAAAGACAGCGUCUGCACCUGGCCUGCCUGCUGCACAAAGUAUGCCAGCAGAGCAGUCCACUGGUCACAGUCGUCACCUUUGCUCCUCUGCAGCUGCUCACACUCUGGACAAGGGCCAUCGCCGCGUGGAUUGUAAUCAAGGUCAUACUCACUGUGGUGAUCCUCCACGAUGCGCAUGCAUGCAAUCAUCGCAUCAAGCAUAGUCAACUGGAGCGCAGAGCUUCUAGUACCUCAGCUGAGAAGCUGGUUGACCUCCGACAACAUUGCUGUGGCACAUCUCGCAAUAUUGUGGUUGCUGGUGUGCUGCAUAUCUAGUGAGAGGCCACAGACUUGCUUCCAGUGUUUGACGAGCCCACCAAAGUCCCGGUAUUGCCUGGGCACCAAGCUGAUGCUGGCUGGCUGCAAGCCGUACAUCGUGCGGGAGGUGCGACUGACGGACAUUUACUCCCUGGUGGUCAUCUUGCUCGCAAUAAUUGGCCAUAUCUCCUGUGGGAGUUGGGGCACUCGCACGAUUGGUGGUGACUUCUUUGUUUCCAUGGUGCUACCAAUCCAUGCAAAGGCGCACGCAUAUGACUCUUUUGUCGCCUGAUCUUAUGUUCGCAUUGUGUUGCCUGCCUCUGCGAACUUGUGUUGCCUGCG